AUGGACGAGUCUAUGUAUGAUGAAUUCGGCAACUACCUCGGCCCUGAUCUGUCAGACGAGGAAGAGGACGAGGAGGAGGAGCACUUCCAGCAGCAACAGCAACAGCAGUUGCAGCAGGACGAUGAAGACCAGGAGAUGGACGACGAUGAAGACGUUGAAAUGCAAGAAGAAAAUGUCAGGACCAGCACUGCCUUGUCGCGCAUUGGAGAGAUCCCACAGAACCAGAUCGUCUUGCACGAGGACAAAAAAUACUAUCCAACAGCUGAGGAGGUCUACGGUGAAGGCGUCGAGGCACUUGUCGAGGAGGAGGAUACACAACCCUUGACCGAGCCUAUCGUUCAGCCCCUCAAGACUAAGAAGUUCCAGCUCGAGGAGAAGGACCUCCCCACAACUCGCUUCCGCAAACAGUACAUGUAUGAUCUGAUGGCGUUCCCUCCUCGUGUCCGCAACGUCGCAAUUGUUGGCCACCUUCAUCACGGAAAGUCGUCGAUCAUGGACAUGCUUGUCAACGAGACCCACGAGAAGAACUUGAACAUUGAUCUGCAGGAACGUUACACCGACACUCACCCUUUGGAGCGUGCACGCGGAGUCAGUAUCAAGAGCAUGCCAAUGACACUCGUUAUGCAGGACACCAAGGAUGUCUCCUACUUGCUCAACGUCAUCGACACCCCUGGACAUGUUGAUUUUAUCGACGAGGUUUCGGCUGCAUUGAGGAUCGCGGAUGGCGCAGUUCUUGUGGUGGACGCAGUGGAAGGUGUGAUGUGCAACACAGAGCGUAUUAUCAGACACUGUAUUCAGGAGAAAGUGGCGCUCACAUUGGUCGUCAACAAGGUCGAUCGCCUCAUUUUGGAACUGAAGCUUCCCCCUACCGACGCCUACUUCAAGCUCAAACACACUAUCGAGGAGGUCAACACUAUCAUCUCUCAGACCCCUGGUGGUGAGGGCAUUCGACUUUCCCCUGAGCUCGGCAACGUCAGUUUUGCGUCUUCUCAGAUGGGCUGGUGCUUCACAUUGAAGUCCUUUGCUAAACUCUACGCCGACUCUUUCCGUAAGUGUUCGCACCGAGUCUUUGACGGCUUGCUGGAAUUGGGACCUGGAGUGGACAUUGAUGGAUUCGCCAAGCGCUUGUGGGGCGAUGUGUACUUCAACGCCGAGACCAGGAAGUUUGGACGCAAUGCGGCAGAUUCCCGCUCCAAGAGAUCGUUCGUUCACUUUAUUUUGGCACCCCUGUUCAAGAUCUAUGGACAGGUUGUCGCUGAAGACAAGGAUACUCUCAAGUCGACACUUUCGAGCCUGGGUAUCUUUUUAAAGCCCAAGCAAUAUAAUCUGGAUGUUAAGCCCGUGUUGAAGUUGGUCCUGGAUCAGUUCUUUGGACCCCCUACAGGAUUCGUCGACAUGGUCUCACAACACAUCAAGUCGCCUACAGAGAGCGCCGCGAUGAAGGUUGAGCAUAUUUAUACCGGACCCAUGGACAGCGAUCUCGUCAAGGCGAUGAAGGCUUGCGACCCCAACGGACCUUUGAUGAUUCAUAUCACCAAGCUGUACAACUCUGCAGACGGCGAGAAGUUUGACGCGUUCGGUCGUGUCAUGAGCGGAACAGUCAGGGCAGGACAGAGAGUGCGCGUUUUGGGCGAGGGAUACACCGUUGACGAUGACGAGGAUAUGACUGUUCAGACAGUCGAGAGCGUGUCUGUCUUUGAGUCGCGCUACAGGAUCGACACUCAGAGUGUGGUGGCCGGUAACUGGGUCUUGCUCGGAGGCGUUGACCAGUCGAUCACCAAGACAGCAACCAUUACUAGCACAGAUAUCUCAGAGGAACUUUACAUUUUCCGUCCCCUCCGGUUUAUAACCUCAGCUGUGAUGAAGAUUGCUAUUGAGCCCGUCAACCCCUCAGAGCUGCCCAAGAUGUUGGAGGGACUUCGGAAUGUCAACAAGUCGUACCCUAUUUUGAUCACGAGGGUGGAAGAGAGCGGAGAACAUAUUGUUUUGGCACCAGGCGAGCUUUACAUGGAUUCUGCGCUUCACGAUUUGCGCAAGAUCUACUCUGAAAUCGACCUCAAGGUUGCUGACCCCGUCGUCAGGUUCUGCGAGACAGUUCUUGAGACGAGUAGUCUCAAGUGCUUCGCCGAAACUCCUAACAAGAAGAACAAGCUGACGAUGAUCGCAGAACCAUUGGAGAAGAAGAUUGUGGACGAUAUCGAGGGACUGAAGGUGUCAACAGAAUGGACGGCAAGGCAGCUGGGAACUUACUUCCAGGAGAACUAUGAUUGGGAUAUUUUGGCAGCACGCAACAUCUGGGCUUUCGGACCAGACAUGAACGGACCCAACAUCCUCAUUGAUGAUACGUUACCUAGUGAGGUGGACAAGGGUCGUCUCAAGCAAGCCCGUGAUGCUAUCCGUCAGGGAUUCCAGUGGGGUACCAGGGAAGGACCCCUUUGCGACGAACCUAUCCGGAGUGUCAAGUUCAGGAUUAUUGGCGCAGACCUUGCACUAGAACCUAUUUACCGCGGUAGCGGACAGAUUAUCCCAACAGCGCGUCGUGUGUGCUACUCUUCGUUCCUGAUGGCCAGCCCACGGUUGAUGGAGCCCGUCUACAACGUGGAAGUGCAAGCCCCCGCCGACUGUGUAUCGGCCGUGUAUACAGUCUUGGCCCGUCGUCGUGGCCACGUUCUCAAAGAUAUCCCCAAGGCCGGUUCUCCACUCUACACCGUCCACGCCGUGAUUCCCGUCAUCGAGUCGUUUGGUUUCGAGACCGAUUUGCGUACGCAUACACAGGGCCAGGCAUUUGCACAGCAGAUGUUUGAUCAUUGGCAGACCGUCCCCGGUGAUCCUCUCAACAAAUCGAUUGUCUUGCGGCCGUUGGAGCCCAGCCCAAUGCAGCACUUGGCCAGAGACUUUAUGAUCAAGACGCGUAGACGCAAGGGUUUGAGCGAGGAUGUGUCGGUCAACAAGUUCUUUGACCAGGACAUGCUUCUCAACCUGGCCCAGCUCGAUUCUGAGGGCUUUGGUUUUGACCUGUAG